CACAAUUUCAUACUCUCGAUAGAUGCAAACAAAACCCAGUAUAUAUAGAGGUUUUGGUUAUAAGGGGGGUUUAGCUGAAACUACCCGACCCGACCCGUUUUUCAUUCUUCUCCGGCCGGUGACCUCCCCUCCCUCUCCAAAAUGGUCGGCUUCCAUGUUCGCCGACUGGCCCAUCGGCUCACUCGUUCUUCUAUCUCUGCCCUUCUUCUUCAUGAUUCUGCUUCUGCGGCGCAUGUAUCAUUAUUGAAAGUGGGUUCAAGGAGUUACAACACUGCGGCGAAGAAUCGAAUUAGGGAUUUGUUUCCAUCCAAUUGUUCAAACGGGUCUGUCAUUGAGCUUCUUCCAAGCAUAUUGCAUUCCUGUCUUUCCAUAAUGUCAAAGAUAUACAAGAUGCCACAUCACCCUGCAACCCAGGGACAUCAUAUGGACCCUUGUCGAGAUACCAAAUUUUGUUGGGCCUGGUCAGUAGCUUUGCAAGAUAAUGGGCAUAAAGAAUAUUGCACUACUACAGGGAAUGAGGAAAAGCAAACAAUAUCUGUAACAUUUGUUGACAAGGAUGGAGAAGAGAAGCACAUCAAGGUCCCUGUUGGAAUGUCUUUGUUAGAAGCUGCACAUGAGAAUGACAUUGAGCUUGAAGGAGCAUGUGAAGGAUCACUUGCCUGUUCCACAUGUCAUGUGAUAGUUAUGGAUGUGGACCAGUACAACAAGCUAGAAGAUCCAACAGACGAAGAAAAUGACAUGUUGGAUCUUGCUUUUGGCCUCACAGAGACGUCUCGUCUAGGUUGUCAAGUAAUUGCUAAACCUGAACUUGAUGGAAUCCGCGUAGCUCUUCCUGCAGCCACGAGAAACUUUGCUGUUGAUGGCUUCAAACCAAAACCACAUUAGAGAAUCUCCAACAUGGAUAAAAGAUUACUCAUGGGGUAUCCGCCAAAAAUCGAAGCCUCCCAGUUUUGUAGGCCUCUUACAAGUGAGUGUAUAAUAAUACCUUUAGGGUGAGUAUGGUAUCACAUAUUAUGUUGGAAAUUGUGACCAAAGUCAGCUGUUGUUUAGGCAUUUAGUCAAAGGAUUUGAUUGAUUAUUUUAUUAAUAAUAUCACCAAGGCUCAACUCCUCUUUUGAUAGUGUUAUCUUUUCACUAGGUUUGCAUUUUCUUGACUUUGGUUUAACACUUUUGUCAAAUCAUAUCAUUAAAGGUGUUUUAUUUUUUCAUUUCAAGUAUAUGCUUCAAUCCA